AUGAAAGUACCUCAGAUGAUUCACUUACGUCACGUGUGCUAUCAGCAGUGAUGUCAUACACGGAAAUAAACAUACAGAAAGUGUGAGUUUACAUUUGAUGAUUUGGAAAUUGAUUCUCAUAAAGAAACUGAUCACAGCAGGGGUUUACAUUUUAACAAGAGAUACAAUGCUUGACAGAUACAAAGCUGGUAUGGUGCUGAGUGCGGUUGGUGAUGCACUGGGAUAUAAAAAUGGAGAGUGGGAGUUCUGCAACUCGGGAAAAACCAUCCACAAAAAGUUGGAUGAGUUUGGUGGACUUCAUAAAAUUACGGUAUCAUUACCUAACUGGCGUAUCAGUGAUGACACUGUACUUCACAUAGCUACUGCAGAAGGACUGGUAAGCAACAAACCAGUAGGCAAAGAUUUGUUUGUGUGUAUUGCAGAUAAAUACAUCAAGACAUGCAAUAAUGAUAUGGGAGGCAGAGCACCAGGUGCGACUACAAUAAAUUCAGUCGGUGCACUGUCGCGUGAACCUGGUGCAUACACAAUACCAUUCAAUCACAGGGGUGGUGGCUGUGGUGCAGCCAUGCGAUCUAUGUGUAUUGGUCUACGCUACCCUAGACCAGAACAACUAGAUGACUUGAUUGCUGUUAGUGUUGAAAGUGGACGAAUGACCCAUCACCACCCGACUGGAUUUCUUGGCAGUUUAGUAUCAUCAUUAUUCACAGCUUAUGCAGUUCAAGGCAAACCAGUGAAUGAGUGGGGAAAUGGACUAAUGAAAUGCUUGCCUAAAGCACUGAAUUACAUAGAAACAGAAGAAAGGCAUGCUGCAGAUUGUAAAGCCAAUUGGUCCUAUUUCGAAGACAGUUGGAAAGAAUAUCUUAAACUACGCAAGAUUUAUGACGGCAAAUCUGAACCACAAUUUCCUGAAACAUUUGGCAUCAAAGAGCGUGAUGCAUUCUAUUCAUCAAUCAGUUGGGAUGGCUGGGGUGGAGCCAGUGGACACGAUGCACCAAUGAUAGCAUAUGAUGCUCUCCUUGGUGCUAGAGAUGACUGGUGUAAGUUUUGUAGUCAUGCAAUGUUUCACUGUGGUGAUAGUGAUUCUACUGGUGUUAUAGGUGCAUGUUGGUGGGGUAUACUUUAUGGAUAUCAAGAUGUACCAGAAUGCAAUUAUAAAAAUGUAGAAUACCAUGAUAGAAUAGAGAAGUUGGCAGAGCAGCUCUAUGAACUGAGUCAUCCAAGUGAUUAG